GGAGCCAGGUGCUUCUCCUGGUCUCCCAUGGGGUGCAGGGCCCAAGAACUUGGGCCAUCCUCCACUGCACUCCCGGGCCACAGCAGAGAGCUGGCCUGGAAGAGGGGCAACCGGGACAGAAUCCGGCGCCCUGACCGGCACUAGAACCCGGUGUGCCGGCACCGCUAGGCGGAGGAUUAGCCUAGUGAGCCGCGGCGCCGGCCCAUAAUUUUCUUUAUGUUCAACGUGAGGAACUCUGUACAGAUUCCACUGAUCCUCUUUUGAGCACUGCAAUAUGUUUGAUUGCAAUCAUUAUUUAGAAUGGAAGAAUAAAAGAACUUUUCAUAGCAUUGUUCUUUUUAUUCUUUAAGUUUAGAGACACAGCGACAUACAGGUAUACAGGUCAUUAUUUUUCCUCUUCUUGGGCACUGGAAAGUGAGCUUUUGAAGCACCCUCUUGAUGUGCAUGUUGAUUUCUAUGAGCAAAAACUACCAGCAGGAAGGGUGUCCUUUUUUCAGUGAGAUCACAGAGAUAAACAAGUUAGAGCUACUCUCUUGAAUAGCUAAUGUAAGUCGCCUGGAGAAGGAGAAAAUUAUUUUCUGCCCUCUGUGUUGAUGUGUAUAGAACAUGUGUUCUGAGGAGCUGCUAUUUUCAGUGCCUCUUUUCCAGUUGAGGUGCAACAUAAACUAUUUUAAUUAAUAUUGUGUCACCAAAAGGGAUUGAAAUAGCCAAUUGAGUUCUGCCAAGAUAGAGUCUUUUGAUGAAAACAUAUCUUUAUUGAUUGUGGACGAAGAAAAUCAUUCUUAAAAUGAAAUCCAGAGAAAAAUCAUAUCCCUCGGAGAAAAUUUCUGAGUGGCAGGCUGAGAUUAACAUCAUAAAAUUGAAUUUGUGCUGCAAGCCUUUGAUGUAAUCAGCAGCUGGGAGAUGGUGUUGCCCUUGCUGUGCUGUCUCUGAUUGUGGUGAAUUAUUGUGUGGAAUGAAAUAAGUGUUUCUCGUGUCCCUCCUCCAAGAAAUACAAACAAGGUAUUACUAGAGAGUUUCUUGCUAGUUAAAACGGGUUGGAUCGAUCCCAUGCCUCUUAGGUUCUCAUACUUCCAUGAACUAUAGGAGUUGGGCAUUCAUUUGUGCCCUGGGGGCAGAAUGUCUUGAUAUCACUGGACAGUGACUUCUUUGGUCAGUAGAAACCCAGCAGAGCAGAGUUAAGAUGGGUUCCCCUUGCCUGCGCCUUGCAGAGAUCAGGAUAUGUGAAAAAGCAGGCAUUUGGUCAGGCAGUUACACCACCGCUUGGGAUGCCCACGUCCUGCAUCAGAGUGCCUGAGUUCAGGUUUCAGCUCUGUUCCCAGUUCUAGCUUCCUGCUAAUGUGCACCCUGCGUGGUAGAAGGUGAUGACUGCAAUGUCUGGACUGUUUCCACCCAUGUGGGAGAUCUAGAUUGGGUUCCUGGCUCUUUUUGACUUUGGCUUGGCCCAGCUUCAGCUAUUGCAGGCAUUUGGGGAGUACAUCAGCCGAGAUACGAGAUCUCUUUCUCCUCAUCUCCCUCUCCUCCUCCUUUACCUCCCUCUCAAGUAAAUAAUUCUUGUAACAGAUGGGAGUGCCACAUAUUGCCUUGGUUUUUGUUGGCCUGUUGGUCCUAGCAAGCCUUUCCCAUUUCCCUCAGCUACCUUUUAGGACAGACUCUGCAUUGCACUUGCCCGAGUGUCUAAGUCUCACCUUGUAUUAUGACUCCUGUUCCAUGACGCCACUAUUACAAUGGGCUUUUUACUGUUUUUGUAUUAACUCCUCAUAGUUUGCCAACACUCUUGCCUGUGCAUGUGUUUCCACACAUGUAAUGAGUAGGUUUUGUAGAUUAAGUAUAGAAGAAUGUCCUUACAGAUUCACCCUCAGACUAAGGAUUACCAUUUGGCAACUUCAUCUCCCUUGCGGUUGAACCUAAAUUGUGUUUGUUGUGUUUCAUUGUCUUUAAAGAAUCAGUGUGCUGGCUGGCUGUCCAGAUCUGCACACAUGCGAUGACCUCAUCAUUAUGGACUCUGACUUUCGAGCCUUUGGAAAAGCAGGAUAAGCCUUGAGGUCAGACACAUCUAAGGAUGUAGUCCUGGCCUGGGAAUUUAGAUUUACCAAGCUUUCUUUUCCUGAUAAUAUUAGUGGAGAUGUUUAGACAAAAUAAGAAAAUAGAUGGCCAACCUCCCAGUAUGGUGUCUACAGCAUGGUGGGCAAUUAGUAAGCACUUGUGGAGUUUGUGCCUUAAGUCUGGGAAAAAUGAGGCUGGCAUUGUGGCACAGAGGAUUAAGCCACCACCUGCAAUGUCGGUAUCCCAUAUUGGAGCACUGGUUUGUGUCAUGGCUGCUCCAGUUUCAAUCCAGCUCACUGCUGAUGUGCCUGGGAAAGCAGCAGCAGAUGACACAAAUGCUUGGGCCCUUGCAGCCAUGUAGGAGAUCUUGAGAAAGCUCCUGGCUUCAGCCCAGCCCAGCUCCAGCUGUUGUGGCCAUUUGGGGAGUGAACCAGCAAAUGGAAGGUCUCUUUAAUUCUGUCUCUCCCUCUCUUUGUUACUCUGUAUUCCAAAUAAAUCUCUUUUUAAAAAAAGACUUAGAAAAAGAGGAUAGGACAAGUAAGGCAGAAAAAUGAGGUGUAUCUUCUGGAAUUUCGGAAAGUUAAAGGAGCCAGGACUGAGAAAAUUUCUGAAUAAUAAAUAGAUGAAGUAGGGAAUAUAGAAAAGGAAUGGGGAUUGUCUUGACCCAUGAGAGAAAAUCCAUGAAUAGCUCACUUCCUGUUUCCUGCGCCAGUGCUUCAAUAGGCUGGAGAUUCCAGAAAAAUCUUUAUUAAAAAUGGAAUAUCCCGCCAAUGCUGAAGUUCCUUGGAAUUACGACCUGAAAUUCUCUGCUUCCUCUGCCACUCUCUCCAAACCACCAUGGAAUUCUGCGUUCAUCAUAAACCUUGAGACGAAUCUGUUUUCGCCUAGCUUCUGCUAGGAAUCUGGAAUGUAAGAGAUAGGGUUAGAAGCUUCCUCAGCAGGUGUUCCUGAUUGGUGGGCAGGCAGAAGAUACUAGAAUCAUGAGCAUGAAGGAGGCAUCUCCAAACAGACUGUCCACGUAGGUCCCUAAUCCUACCCCUGGGUAUGCCUGCCAUCUGCUUAUUCUGAGACGAAAGGAUUCUCACAACAUGAGGACUUCUGUGCAGGCAGUGGCCCUCUGGGGCAAGAAAGCUCCUCCCCACAGUAUCACCACCAUCAUGAUGACCGAUAACCAGCAGAUGGUUGUGACCGGAAGUCAAGAGGGGCAGCUCUGUCUCUGGAACCUCUCGCCUGAACUCAAGAUUUCAGCUAAAGAACUCCUGUUUGGUCAUUCGGCUUCAGUCACGUGUUUGGCAAGGGCAAGAGACUUCUCUAAACAGCCCUAUGUUGUCAGUGCUGCAGAAAAUGGGGAGAUGUGUGUUUGGAAUGUCACCAAGGGACAGUGCGUGGAGAAGGCCACACUUCCUUACAGGCACACUGCCAUCUGUUAUUACCACUGCUCAUUCCGGAUGACAGGAGAAGGUUGGCUUCUGUGUUGUGGAGAGUAUCAAGAUAUCCUUGUAAUUGAUGCCAAAACAUUGUCUGUUGUUCAUACUUUUACAUCAUCUCAAUCUCCAGAUUGGGUCACCUGCAUGUGCAUUGUUCACUCCAUGAGAAUCCAAGAAGAUUCCCUCCUGGUGGUGUCAGUAACUGGGGAGCUCAAGGUGUGGGACCUCUCCUCAUCUAUCAACAGCAUUCAGGAAAAGCAAGAUGUUUAUGAAAAAGAAUCCAAGUUUCUUGACUCCUUGAACUGUCAGACAAUACGAUUUUGCACAUAUACGGAGAGACUUCUGCUGGUGGUGUUUUCUAAAUGUUGGAAGGUUUAUGAUUAUUGUGAUUUUUCCCUUCUCUGGACUGAAAUUAGUAGAAACGGGCAGUGCUUUGCCGGCGGAGAGGUGCUGGCUGCUCACAGAAUCCUCAUCUGGACAGAAGAUGGUCACAGUUACAUCUAUCAGCUGCUGAACAGUGGGCUUUCAAAAAGCAUAUACCCUGCUGAUGGAGGAGUGCUUAAAGAGACCAUUUAUCCUCAUUUACUGUGCUCUACUUCUGUGGAGGGGAAUAAGAGCCGUCCCUCUGUUAUGGGCUACAUGAACGAAAGGAAAGAGCCAUUUUAUAAAGUACUCUUCUCUGGAGAAAUGUCGGGGCGAAUUACACUGUGGCACAUUCCCGAUGUUCCUAUUUCCAAGUCUGAUGGUUCCCCUGGAGAGAUCCCAAUCACUGCCACCUGGACCCUUCAAGAUAAUUUUGAUAAGCAUCAUGUUGUAUCACAAAGUAUCAUUGACCAUUUCUCUGAGGUUAAAGAUGGGGCCGGAACUGCUGUAGUCACUUCAUCAGAAUAUGUUCCAAGUCUUGAUAAGCUAAUAUGUGGCUGUGAAGAUGGGACAAUUUUCAUCACCCAUGCUUUGAGUGCUGCCAAAGCAGGACUUCUAGAAGGCGGUUCUUUAUUAAAAGGAUCCUCCUGUCACAAAGUUCUGAAAGGCCAUCACCAAAGAGUCACUGCCUUACUGUACCCACACGGUCUCUCUUCAAGAUUUGACCUGAGCUGGAUGGUGUCUGGGGACCAAAACUCAUGUGUCAUCUUGUGGGACAUCUUUACUGAAGACAUUUUGCAUAAAUUCUUUUUGGAAGCUGGUCCAGUAAUGAGCCUUUUGAUGUCGCCAGAGAAUUUUAAACUGAGAGGCGACCAGAUCAUUUGCUGUGUGUGCAGUGACCACUCUGUGGCUCUGCUUCACCUGGAGGGGAAGAGGUGCCUCCUGCAUGCCCGGAAGCACCUUUUCCCUGUAAGGAUGAUAAAAUGGCACCCAGUCGAGAAUUUUUUAAUUGUCGGAUGUGCAGAUGACUCUGUCUACAUCUGGGAGAUUGAAACAGGCACUCUGGAAAGACAUGAAACAGGAGAGAGAGCAAGAAUUAUUCUCAAUUGUUGUGAUGACUCACGACUUCUAAAGCGUGAGUCUGCACUUUGCAUUGCCUCAGAGGCACAUAAGCACAAAAGUAUAGAACAAAGAUCAUCGGCCUCCUCCCAGCUUGGGCCAAUACCUUGCCCUGGUCUGCAGGUGGAGUCUUCAUGUCAGGUUGCUGAUGCCACAUUUUUCUCACAACCUUUUAGCGUCUUGCCUGUGAAGACAAAAUGGAGUAAUGUUGGCUUUUACAUUCUUCUCUUUGAUCUGGAAAAACUUGUUGAACAUUUGCUGCCAUCUCCACUCAGAGAUGUCGACCCUUCCAGCUCCUUCUAUGGUAAUGAGAUCAUAAGAAGGGCCAAGAGCACAGUGGAGAAGAAGACAAUGAAAAGAAACAAAGUUGCCUGUAGUCACCUCCCUGCAGAGGCACAGGCCAUGCCUGCUGGGGAAAACCUGGCCCCAGGGGAUAAUACUAGCAAAUUCUUUGAAGAAAAUGAUGGCAUUAAAGGGCCGAAGAAAAUGAAGAGUUCCAAAAUGAUGCACUCUAAGCUAUCCAGAAAAGUUGAUGCCAACCUCACAGUAGACACAGCAAAAUUGUUUCUGUCUUGCCUUUUGCCAUGGGGAGUGGACAAAGAACUAGAUAAUCUCUGCAUUAAGCAUCUCAAUAUUUUAAAGCUUCAGGGCCCUGUUUCUUUAGGACUCGCUUCAGAUAGAGACUACUUCUCAUUAAUGCUGCCCGGUUGGGAUUUAUGCAAUACUGAAAUGAUGAAAGACUCUUCAAGAGUCAAUCUAUUUUCCAGAAAAGUUUUGGAAUUGUCAAAUAAAUACUCAGCCACUCUUCCAAACCAUGUUGGAAUACCAAGAGGAUUGGAAAAUGAUUGUGAUUCCUUGCAAGAGACAAAAACUAUAGUUUAUUUAUUGAGCAAAUUAUUUUUAAUUAAUAAACUAGUUAACGUGCCUUUAGAACUGACCUAUGGAGUUGAGAGUUCCUUCAAGAUGGAAUCUGUUCAUAAGAUGAAAAGUCCUGGGUCUGAUGUUUUGAAUAUUUCAAGCUUCUAUGGUUGCUUGCGAAAUGGUAAGAAUGAAUCCCAUAUACCUGAGGCUGACCUUUCACUUGUGAAGCUGAUUUCCUAUUGGAGAGAUCAGUCUGUACAGGUAACUGAAGCAAUACAAGCUGUUCUUUUGGCAGAAGUUCAACAGCACAUGAAGCCUUGGAGAAAGAUACCAGUGAAUAGCCAACUUGUGUCCCUGGCAGAGAAUGGUAACUGUGAGAUAAUGCAGAUCUUCCCAAAGAAGGAAUGGGCUGAGGAACUAGAGUUACAGUGCAUUAGAAACACUUUGCCUCUGCACACACCAGCCAGUCCAGUCAAGCAUGGCAACAACUCCAGCUCGGCAAACUUCCAACACGCUGAGGACACGCCUGACAGAGGUGUCUUAGAAGCAUCUGAGAGUCCAGGUGGGCCAAGACAUCACUCAUGGAUAUUAAAGGUGUGUUCCUGCAAGGUGUGCUAAAUAGUAUCUCAGCUGUAGGAAUUGGAUUUGGACAAACUAAGAAACCCCAAACAUGUUUUUGUUCAUCACUGUAUAGAAGCAAUGUUAUUGGUCAAGUUAUUAUGCUGUAGUGGCUUGGCUAUUUCUUGAGUCUGAGUACAUUCAGACUAUAGUUACUGCUUUAAAAGAGCUCACCUGCUUUUAGAAAAUCAUUGUACAAGUCAUUCAGUACACCUGCUUCUUUCAGUAUUUCCAGUAAGGAAUGCUAGCCCACAGAUGCAAAUUUAACACUAUUUUCUUGUGUUUUCCUUUAUCUCUUCAGUCCUGGAAUUAUAUAAUCAGCCACAUUAAAACCAGCAUAACAUGAUACUUUAAAAUUGAUUGGCGCUUCCAUGUAGUUAAACUUAAAACUUUUAUAGGUUAGGACAUUUGUUUAGUGGAGGCUUAUAUGCUCCCUAACCAUGAAAUGUCAGCAGGGAGCCAGUGGGUCCCCUGUCUCCAACACUCCAGGCCAGACUUGAGAAAAUGCUCAGUAUCACUAGCUAUCAGGGAAAUGUAAGUGAAAAACCACAACGAGGUUUCACCUCACCCCAGUUAGAAUGGCUCUUAUCCAAAAAUCAAAUACCAAAUGCUGGUAAGGAUGUGAGGGAAAAGGUACCCCUAAUCCACUGCUGUUGGGAAUGUAUACUAGUAUAGCCAUUAUGAAAGAGUAUGGAGAUUGCUAGAAAUCUGAAAAUAGAUCUACCAUAUGACCCAGCCAUCCCACUCCUGGGAAUACACCCAAGGGAAGUGAAAUCAGCAUAUGAAAGAGUUGUCUGUACCCCUAUGUUUAUAGCAGCUCAAUUCCCAAUAGCUGAGAAAUGGAAUCAACCCAGAUGUCCAUCAACGGAUGAUAAAAUGUAUAUACACACGCACAAUGAAAUACUACUCAGCCAUAAAAAAAUCCUGUUUUUACAGCAAAAUGGGUGCAAAUGGAGACCAUUAUGCUUAGUGAAAUAAACCAAAGCCCAAAAAAUAGUGUGGUUUCUGAUUUGUGGUAGUUCAUGUAGAGUACAAAAAAUUGUAAGUGUAAGUGAAAUUGACAUCUAUGACUAUUGUUUAUAACCAUUAUCUAUAUAUUCUUAUGGAACACUGGCCUUUUUCUACUUUAAUAGUUGAACACUGUGCUUAGUGGAACAUUAAGCCUGUGAUUAAUUGAAAAUGUUUUCACAAGAUCAAAAGAGCAAAGUGUCAUUAUAUCCUUAGAGUUCUAUGAAAUACAUGUAAAUUUUAUGAAAAGUAUUGUAAUAUUGUCAACCAGUUGUAUGUAAUCAGUUAGUCCACAUGUGAUGACAGUGUGACAGUGGCCCAUCUUGUUCAGUCUAGUCAACUUGGACUUCUAGUGACAUUGAAGCUAAGGUAUUUAGCUGAAGAUUUAUCUAGUUGGCCCAUCUUUGGCUAAACACUGAUCUAGAUGUGAACUGGGAAAGAGAUCUACUUAUAUCACAAGUGAUCCCUUUGAAUAUAAACUUAGGAAUUCUCCCACAAAGAAGCUUGACUGGAAGGGAUUCUGUAAAAUUUAUGAAGCAAAUGAAAUAAGAGUAUGCAUUUAUGAAGUAGCCUUUAGUGAUCUGAUGUAUUUACUUGAAUUUAUAUGGUCUAAUUCCUUGAUUUAAAUAAAAUCAAAGAUAAUUUUA